CGCUUCGGGGGUGGCGGUACUACGGGGAGAGAACAACGGAGCGGAGAGUCAUUCAGGGUUAAAAUAUUCCGCCUUGGGGGGUGGGGGAGGACAUACUUCACUGCCAACUCAGUGACAAGGUUGGGUCUGCGGUACCUGCAACCCAGGAAAACAUGGAGCUCGAGAAUAUCGUGGCCAACACAGUCCUGUUGAAAGCAAGAGAAGGAGGUGGUGGAAACAGAAAAGGAAAGAGCAAGAAAUGGAAACAGAUGCUUCAGUUCCCCCACAUCAGCCUGUGUGAGGAGCUCCGGCAAACUACAGAGAAAUACUACAACAGCCUUUGUGAGCGGCAGCCAAUCGGACGCAUGCUCUUUCGCCAGUUCUGUGAAACCCGGGUUGAGCUGAGGCGCUGUGUCAAAUUCCUGGACACUGUGGCAGAGUAUGAGGUCAGUCCAGAUGAGAAGAGGAGGGAGUGUGCUCAGGAGCUCCUAGACAAGUACUUCAGCCCAAAGUCAGAGGAUCAUGUCCCCGAGUUGGGGGAGGAAAUGAUGGGUCAGUUUACAGAGAGACUGGAGCAAGAGCAGGAGCCCUGUAAAGAACUCUUCAACGAGUGCACCAAACUGAUCCAUGACUACCUGAGUGUGGCUCCCUUCGCAGACUACCUCGACAGCAUGUACUAUAACCGAUUCCUGCAGUGGAAGUGGCUGGAGAGGCAGCCAGUCACCAAGAACACAUUCCGACAGUACAGGGUAUUAGGAAAGGGAGGCUUUGGUGAGGUGUGUGCUUGCCAGGUGCGAGCCACAGGAAAGAUGUAUGCGUGUAAGAAGUUGGAGAAGAAGAGGAUUAAGAAGAGGAAAGGAGAGUCCAUGGCCUUGAACGAGAAGCAGAUUUUGGAGAAAGUCAACAGUAGGUUUGUAGUGAGUCUAGCGUACGCCUAUGAGACGAAGGACGCUCUGUGUCUGGUGCUCACCCUGAUGAACGGAGGAGACCUCAAGUUCCACAUCUACCACAUGGGAGACGCCGGCUUUGAGGAGAAGAGGGCUGUGUUCUACUCUGCCGAGCUGGCCUGUGGCCUUGAGGACCUGCACAGAGAGAGGAUCGUAUACAGGGACCUGAAGCCUGAGAACAUACUAUUGGACGACCAUGGCCAUAUCCGGAUAUCAGACCUGGGCUUGGCUGUCCAUGUGCCCGAGGGAGAGACUAUCAAGGGUCGGGUUGGCACCGUUGGGUACAUGGCUCCGGAGGUGGUUAAGAAUGAGCGCUACACAUUCAGCCCAGACUGGUGGGCGCUGGGCUGUCUGCUGUAUGAGAUGAUCGAGGGCCAGUCUCCCUUCCAGCAGCGCAAGAAGAAGAUUAAACGUGAGGACGUGGAGAGGCUGGUCAGAGACGUGGAGGAGGAGUACUCAGACAAGUUCUCAGAGGACACCAAGUCCCUCUGCAAAAUGCUGCUGGCCAAAGAGCCCAGUGAGAGGCUGGGCUGCCAGGGGGAGGGUGCUACAGAGGUGAAGGCCCACCACAUCUUCCGAUCCAUCAACUUUAAAAGGCUGAAGGCUGGCAGGCUGAAGGCCCCCUUCACCCCUGAUCCCCAGGCCAUUUACUGUAAGGACGUACUGGACAUCGAGCAGUUCUCCACGGUCAAGGGGGUGGAGUUGGAGCCCAAAGAUGACUCCUUCUACUGUAAAGUGUCCACAGGCAGCGUGUCCAUCCCCUGGCAAAUGGAGAUGAUCGAGUCUGAGUGCUUUCAGGAGCUCAAUGUGUUUCACACAGACGGGACAGUUCCCCCGGACCUGGACUGGAGAGGACAGCCCUCGCCACCACCUAAACAAGGGCUGCUGCAGAGGCUCUUUGGGAGACAGGACUGUUGUGGGAACUGCAGCGACAGUGACGAGGAGCCCACCAGGCUGUGACUGAGCUCCCUCCAACCAAUUACACCAAGGAUCUCAUUUGUUUACAAAUUUUGCACAUUUGUAUCUUUAAGAUAGUUCUAUAUAAAUAUUGGAAUGUAUAUUUUCAGUAUAUAGCCAUAAAGUCCAUGUCAUUUAAAUGUAAUCAUUAUUCAGAACCCAUCAUAGGAGGCAACAACAGGUAAGCCUAACACUGCUGUGGUCACCCCCCCCAAAUCUGUUGAUAGUGUUGUCAGCUUUUCUUUCUCUUUUAAAGUGUUGACCGUGCUCGGACUGUGUUUCUGAAUGGGGGAUGAAUGAAAAGUGUACGUCCACAACUAUUUUUAUAUUUAUAUUUUAUUUUUAUUUACUUAAUGUAAUUCUAGGCAAUCAAAUUAGGAAUGUUGUGUGAACUCUAGGCUUAAAGGAAAUGGAAGACUAAGGUGAACUUUUGGUAUGAGGUGAUACAUUAUGUACAUUCUAGGGUUCAAUCUAGAGACACUUGAUAUAAACCAAAUAGAUAUGACUAAACACUGCAUAUGUAAGUGCAAACAAGUGUAUAAUUUGUGACACUCGCGUCCGAAGUGUGUCUUCCAAUGAAUCUGAGUUUAGGUAGAAAGCAUGUUAGUUCCCAACCAUAUUAUGAGCUAGAGAAGUGAAUUGACAAACAAAAAAAACUGCAUUGUAAUACAGUAAUUCAGUUGUAAGAAAUGACCUUUUUCGUAAGACGUGGAUAGCCGAGAAUGGCCUGGAGUUUCCUCUACCAUGACAUCCUCUAGAUGGCUACACGUUUGUCACGGAGCACUUGAGUUUAAUUAAGCGAUGCACUUAUGACCAAACCGGUUUGUUUUCAUCCUCCAAAUAUUUUUUAUGGUUAAUUCCUUCCCAUUUAAGGUUCCUUUGAUAGUUUAUGCUACUCUAUAUAAUUACCAUAUUUUAUCAAAUCUAACAAAGCUGUCUCUCUCUCCCUCCCUCUGCUGAACCUCAUGUGUUCCUCUGCAUCGUAUAACUCAGUGGGAUUCUCCUUGUAAAUGUGGGACUAUAAUAGGACUGAGGGACUGAGCUCCCUGACAGACUAUGGGACUAUGGUAUCACCCUCUGAACCCUCCUUACCAGAGACUCUAUCAGACUGAGGAAGAAGGUUCAAAGGGGAGGGGUCACCGAGAGGUCAAACCAUCUCAAUGUAAAGCUCAGCACUCCGACGGAAAUUGGAAGAGACUCUCAAACUCCUACCAUCCCCGUCUCUCAUUAUCAAAUCAUGUUAUCGUAUGUGAUUCUCAAAUUAACUUGCCUACAUUCCAGUCUAUACCGUACUGUACAGUGUAAAGUUAUGCUACUUUUGUUUAUUUUGCAAUGUUUUUUUACCGGUGUAAAGUUACAACAACAAUAACAGUUCCACCAUGAAACUAGAAUAGGACUGAAAGUAAGAUGAGUAUGAUUUCUCUUUACAAUGUGCUCCUGAGCCAAGCUUACACACUGAGAGGGAGGGCUUCUGUCUGUCUGUCUCUGCAUCCAUGAAACACCUCUGACACUUUCUUUUUGCAAUGCACUGACGUUUUUUGUGUGGGCACGCAUGUAUCACCAUAACCACUAGACUCUGUACCCACUUGGCACAAAUUGGUUAAGUCAACGAAUUGUGAUGUGGAAAAUACAUUGGAUUUGAAAAAAGUAAUCAACUGUUGUAAUUUCAACCACAGGAAUAUAUCAUAACCAAUUUUCAAAAUAUGUUGAAUUUAUACCUUUUGAAACAUCAGAUCUUCAACGUAAUAUCCACUAUAAGAAAACAACUGUAGGGGGUGGUUCUACUAAGCGAACAUAUGGAAUUGUUUUAAGUUAGCUAAAUGAUCCAUCAUUUGACUAUUUGAUUUGAAAUUUUAGGACCCCUGUAGGUUUCCCCCCUUGAUUUUGGCCUUCACCACUAUAGUGCAUUGAGUAUUGCAUUCAUACGUGGGAAAACAGACAUAAGGAAUAAGGUUUUGAUGUGUCUGUUCUAUUUAUAGGAGAUAUAAGAAAGCUCAGGAAAUAUUUUUGUUUUUUCAACACACAUUUAACCCCUAUUAUUGUUGGCACAAAACUACCUCCAACCUUCUGUUCAUUUUUUAAAACUGGUACUGGUUUACAUUCAGACCAGUCCUGUGACACUUGUGGGGAUCAUAGAGCAAAACCAGUGUGUUUAAUCUUUCCAUAGAGUUGUUAUAUUCCUUAGUAAGCCAAACCGUUCAGACGUUUUUGUAAGAAGACAGAUUUCUGAGAUGUGUCCUGGUCUGACAAACAGCACCGUAGCUCUGCCAUUUUCUACUGCAGUGGCGGGAGGCAGACAUAGGCGGAUAGAGAUGCAAAAAAACAGAAACUGAUGGAUUUUUUUUGUUUGUUAAUUAGAUUGACGCACUUAAGGAUUUUUUUUUACCAUGCCCUGCUAAACUUUGAUAUUUGUCAUCAACUGUUACUAAUGUCCUAUUGUGAGAAUGAUUGUUGAUAUAUUCACCGUUAUCAAAGUCAAGGGUAGGUUUAACAGAGCAAAUGAAAUAUGACCAUAUAUCAUCAAUGAUGAUAUUUAGGCCUAUAUAGCAUUUAAAGUCAUCAACCGCUAUUGUUUCAAUUCAACACACGAUUCAAGCUUUGGUUGAUUUCAAAUGGAAUCUACAAGUUAGUAAAAUAUAAAGUUGGAUUCAUGUCUCCAUCUCAACCGAAAAUGUAAGUUAAACAAUGACUAAAUUAAAUCAAAUUGUAUUUAAAGUGCAUUUAAUGUUAUCUGAUUUAGCCCUAUUAAUUCAAAUUGUAAGUAUACAUUUGUAGACAAACUGGAAUUAAAGCCAGAUAGUGGCACGGAUGAAACUAAGGACACAUCUCCUUCAUAUGUCUAUUUUUGGUUGUUGACAACCAAGCACAAUUAAAUAUUUUUGCAAUACAGUAAAUAUCCUAUUAA